GUGUGACCCGCCCCUUUGUAGAGUCCCCUCAGAACCUUGUGGGGGCCGGGAGCGUUAGCGCCCCCGCAGUUUCAGCGUUGCGCUACCUUGUGACGACAGUGAGGGAAGAGGCGGAUUCUCUCCUACUACCGGAAGACGUCCGCUUUUUUGAUUGGCUACCCAAGACGUCCGUUAGGACGUGUUGCCUUUUCCGUGUGCACUCUGAGCGUGGGCGUCCCUGUGGGGGUGUGUGCAGGGGUUUCUAGACCCGGCACCAACAACCCAGCCCUUUCCAUCAGGGGUUCGGCUUAGGGUCGCCCCUGGUGGGCGGCUCUCGAAUCUUGAGGAAGAACUCGAAAACCCAGACCCCCCCCAGGGCUGCGGAGGUCCUCUGGGUAGGCAGGAAAAUGGCGGCAGCAUCCGUCUCUGCGACUUCUGGUUCUCAGAUCUCGAACAUCUUAGUCGAGCCUUCAAGGUCUAAUGGAAGUAUGGUUCGCCAUUCCUCAUCUCCAUAUGUAGUAUAUCCACCUGAUAAGCCUUUCCUUAAUAGUGAUCUACGACGCUCCCCAAACAAGCCUACAUUUGCUUAUCCGGAAAGUAACAGCAGAGCUAUAUUUUCUGCUCUGAAGAAUCUUCAAGAUAAGAUUCGACGCUUAGAACUUGAAAGGAUUCAGGCAGAAGAAAGUGUGAAAACCUUGUCUAGAGAAACAAUUGAAUAUAAGAAAGUAUUGGAUGAACAGAUACAAGAAAGAGAGAAUUCAAAGAAUGAGGAGUCAAAGCACAAUCAAGAACUGACAUCUCAGUUGUUAGCUGCAGAAAAUAAAUGUAAUCUUUUAGAAAAACAGUUGGAAUACAUGCGCAACAUGAUAAAGCAUGCAGAAAUGGAAAGGACAUCUGUCUUAGAAAAACAGGUUUCCCUCGAAAGAGAACGACAACAUGAUCAAACACAUGUGCAGAGCCAGCUUGAAAAGUUGGAUCUUCUGGAACAGGAGUAUAACAAACUUACCACAAUGCAAGCCUUGGCAGAAAAAAAAAUGCAAGAGUUGGAAGCAAAACUCCAUGAAGAAGAACAGGAAAGGAAACGUAUGCAAGCUAAGGCAGCCCAGUUGCAGACUGGUCUAGAAACAAAUAGAAUUAUCUUUGAAGAUAAGGCAACUCCAGUUGUUCCCAGUGCAAGAAGAGUUAAAAAAAAGAAGUCAAAACCACCAGAAAAGAAAGGUUCUAGGAACUAUUUUGCUACACAACCACAUUAUAGAUUAUGCUUGGGGGAUAUGCCGUUUGUGGCUGGAAAGUCCACCAGUCCUAGCCAUGCUGUGGUAGCCAAUGUUCAGCAUGUCUUGCAUCUAAUGAAGCAACACAGUAAAGCCCUGUGCAAUGAUCGAGUGGUCAACAGUGUUCCUUUGACAAAGCAAGGUUCUUCACGAAGUGGUAAAAGUAAGAAGUUGUCAGUAACGCCUUCCUCCUCCAACAGCAUUAAUGAAGAGUUAUCAGAAGUCUUACAGACCUUACAAGAUGAAUUUGGGCAAAUGAGCUUUGAUCACCAGCAGCUUGCGAAACUUAUCCAAGAAUCCCCAACUGUUGAACUGAAAGACAACUUAGAGUGUGAACUGGAGGCAUUGGUGGGGAGGAUGGAGGCCAAAGCCAACCAAAUAACUAAAGUUCGAAAAUACCAAGCCCAGCUGGAGAAACAGAAGGUGGAGAAGCAGAAGAGGGACUUGCGAACCACCAGAAAGACUCUUGAUGAAGAAGGAAACAGUAGCAGUCGUUCUUCUGGAGUCACAGGGACCACAAACAAGAAGGACGUUGCCAAACCAAGACCUGGUGAAAAAAGCAGGAAAAAUCUUCAGUUAUUGAAGGACAUGCAGACCAUACAAAGUUCAUUACAAAGCAAUAGUUUAUGUUGGGAUUACUGACUGGUACCAGGUUAUAAAUUUUAUUCAGAUAAUCUGUACCUCUUCAAUCAGAUUUUGACAAUUUACUCUCCAGGUCUCAUACUCUUAUGUUGGAAUUAACAAAUAGCAGGCGUUAAGGGGCCCAAGCUUCAUUACACAGGCUUCUUGUGUUACACAUCGUGACUAAAUGUUAAACCACCUAAAUGGAAACCAGGGGAGUUUUAAAGGCUAGGAAGCCACACAGUCUGCUUCUUUGAGGUGAAUUUGCUGUACUGAAAUACUGCACUUUGUAAACAAAUUACGAAUUGUUUACUUGUGGGUGUGAUUUUUUUUUAAUAGUUCCUUACAUAUCUAAGUAAAAUUAGGUUUAAAUUAUCAAAAUAAGAGGCUGUCCCAUAGGCAGUGUUUGCUUAAAAAAUAUUCUUAAAUCUUAUCCUGGCAUGAAUCGCCCCUUUCUCUUUUCCAGUACAACCAUUAAAUAUACUUUGUUUCGACUAUUGAUGGAGGUUUUCUAUAUUUAAGUAUUUAUACAUAUUUAAAGGAUUGUUUUGUUUUGCUUUUUGACAUUUCAGACAUUGAUCAGUAUUAAAUACACUUGUAUUGAUGUUAUCCAUCAUUAAAAAAUUUUUAAGAACCCAAGCAUUCAUUUUAAGUCCAUUCACUGCAAAAAUUAUAAAAGCAUUUUUUAAAGUACAAAUUAUUAAUGAAGUAAAUGAGCUUUUAGGAUGAAGAGAGAAGAAGAAAUGUUGUAAAGCAAAUACAUUUGUUGUUUUUAAAUAAUACCUGUUUGUAAUCAUGCUGUUGAGUUUGAGGGGUUGUUUUUUAAUCUUGAAACAUAGAAGAGCCCCUUGGACAUGUUACUGGUGUACAAUAUGAGUGCAUUAACUGUACACGUGCAGCUGUCAUUAUGUUAAUAAUGUGAAUCAUAAUUCUGCAUAAAUCAAGACGUGAACUUUUUAUAAAUUUGCCACUGAAGUCAAUAAAGCAGCUUUUUUAAGGAAACACUGACAUUUUCCUUAACAGCCUGUUAAUGAAGGCUUUAUUUGUUGUAAUCUUUCCAAAAAAUGCAUUUCUAAAUAGGAUAUUAACAUAUUUUGAGAAACAAGAAUUUACAUAAUUUGCCUAUCUCAUGCUUACACAGAAACUAAACCCAACAAGACUGAACGCCUCAUGGCAUAUGAGAAGAUACUCCAAAGAGUGCUAAUGAAAACAGGAACCACAUGUUAAAGAAAUUCCUUCGUAUGCCUCCCCUGGGAUCCAAGUGGAAGUUCUGGGAUUUUAUCUGGGUAUAAUCAGCAUGAAAUGUAGUGCCUGUCUGGGCACUAAGCUUGUUAGGCCUCUUAAUUGAAUUAAUUCUUUUACAGAGUUCUUGAUUUAGGUUCCUUCAAUUUGGAUCUGUUUGUGAAUGUUCUGAAAUUGUAUGUAAACUUUUGUUUGCGUGUGCAGUUUUGUAUCUUCAUUGAAUUCACAACAGUGAGUCCCCAGACGCAAGGAAUCACUGCUCUGGUGACAUGGAAAGUAUUUUUUUGUCUCGACCACCAUUUCAACUGUUAAACUUUUGUUAUCACUGUGUUUGAAUUUCAGGUCAUUAAACUGUGUGACACUCAU